AUGGAAGGUUGGAACGAUUGUCCACCGGUGAUGCUUCAAAAAAACAUCAGUUCAACCAGUAUGCUAGUUAACACCUCACCUACUCUUGUUCCCGAGACAAAACUCUACGCAAAUGAUAUCGCUGCUAAUGUUGAUAUUGCAAUGGUUGUGGAAGAACUCACGUCUUUUCCUACGAGUAUUCCUGAGAAGAUGCUUGGACAGAUCAAGGUGAAGUUGACCAAAGCAUCCGAAUCCAUGAGUUCGGGCAGCAAACAGUUUGUGACAGAGGUUUUGGAGCAGAUCAAAACCGGAGCAGAUUCUGCCAUUUUAAAGAGCCUGAUUGUAGAGUAUAUGAUGGUGAAUGAUGGCGUUAGCAGUUGGUGUGCCCCAUUGAAGAAGUUGGUUGAUAGCAUAGAUACGUAA